AUGGCCCGUCAGGGGCGUACGUGUGCUGUUGAGCUCCUGGCCUGGAAGAAGCACCGUGUGUGUACGGAUACGCGCGGCAACAUGUUCUUCCUGGUCUUUAUCUCGAAGCUACGGCCAACACGGGUGGAGGACAUGAUGCGCAAAUUCGUGUCGCGCGAUCCUCUUGCCAUGCAGGAUGCAGAUGUGCAGGCUUGGGUUUCGCUGUGUUUUGCCACAUCUGUGGCCGAAGCUGAGCAUGCGCUAGAGCAGUUGCGGGUAUAUGACCCCAGAGCGUGCAGCUUUAACUGGACACGGGCCGUGCGGAUGUUUUCAGACUUGCGGCUUGUCGUGUUGGGGCCGAAUACGCAGCGCAUGUGGACCUUGCGCAACGUCACGGACCCAUCUGAGGACGGCAACGUCCAUCACCUAGGCCUUUGUUUCCUUUGCGCACACGCAGUGCUUCACGGGCCCUGCGAACAUCUGUAUCUGGCCCUGCUGGCUCUGGGCAGAUUUCAGUUCACAUAUGCUAGUCGCUCAGCCCAGAGUGGCCUUUCGGGCUUGGGAACGUCCGCGGCCCACGCGUCACAAGCGGACCCGGCUGAAGGGGCAGACGAGGCCAAUGCUGACGGAGAGGCUGAUCCAGUGUCGGACCCCAUUCUGGACCAGGUCUUACGGGAAGCCGGCCUGUUGCACUAUCGCCAUAUGUUCGCUUCCCAGCAGAUCUCCUUGCCCGUAAUCUUGGAGAUGAGUUUCGCGGACUUGCGCCAUUUCUUCAAGAUGUCUCCAGCUGAGAGCUACCGCCUCAACACGUGUGCCCAGAAUGUCCCAUCGUCUACGCCAGAC